GCUUUACCGCUUCACUAAUUCUUCCAGCAUGUGCAGUGUUACCAUAUUAGUUGUAAAAUACUAAACAUUAUAAGAUUUUGUUACAUUUUCACUGUUGCUUUAACUCUGCUACUAACUGAUACUGUAGUAGCUGAUAAUAAUAGUUGUCCAACUUCGCUUGGAAGCUAGCUACUAGCUUGUGUUGAGUCAUUUUGGGACUAAGGCCUGUAACUAUUUUGAGUACAAUUAUAUUAAUAUGGUCAAACCUCAGUCUCUGUACAUAUUUGGAGAGGGGACUGUACUUCUUAUGGCAGCGCACAUACAAAUAUGUCAGAUGCCACCCUGCAGAAUGGCCCUCUCAGGUCAGACUGUUCUCACAACAAUCUAUAGCUCACCCUGAUUGACUUCCCUGGACCUGACAAACCAACAGCUGCAAGACAAGGAAAGAGGCUGGCCAAGUGUGCAGAGGAGGCAAGGUCACAUAGCGAGGAGCCCUUGCCCUAAAUCAGACAGUUGACGGUGUGACUGUCUUACUUAGAAUGUGUUGAGGAGGAUUCGGAGCCAUCCAGGGGAUCUAUCUUUAGCUGUGACCGGCCUCCCGUGUCCCGUCACACUAAUCUUCCGACAACAGUCUUCCAAGGUUGACCUGAUUACCGAGAGGCCUCCUCUCCUCUCCCAUCAUGCGUCUCCUCGCCACCCUCCUCCUCUUGCUGCUCCUUCGAUCAGCUGAGCCCCGGAGAGGCCCUCGAUCAGGGGCUGCGGAGAGGGGCGCCGGGGGCCGUGUGCGGGGCAGAGGCAGGGCCGGAGUGAUGAGACGUCAAACUCAGGAGUGUAAGGAAUACAUGGAGGCAGGUGAGAAGUACCUGGACUGCCAGGACAGGCAGCUGACGAACGUGAUGCAGGACUGGCCCAAAGAUAUUCACCACCUGCUGUUGGCAAGAAAUAAGAUUCAGGUUUUGAGGGACAACAUGUUCUCCCAGUUCACCCAGCUGAAGAGCCUGGACCUCCAGCAGAACGACAUCUCCAUGGUGGAGAACAGAGCGUUUAGCGGCCUCUCCCAGCUCACCACCCUGCUCCUCCAGCACAACGGGCUGAAAACAGCUGGCGAGGAGGUUCUGCUCCCUCUGCGCCGCCUCACCUACCUCCGUCUCUAUGACAACCCCUGGAGCUGCCGCUGCUCAUUGGACAGCCUGGUCAGGACCCUGCAGGUGCCUAGCAACCGCAACCUGGGCAACUACGGCAAGUGCGCGGAACCCCUGUCGCUGAGAGGCCAGAAGCUGAGGAAGCUGAGCGUGGAGUCGUUGUGUGAGGGCAACAACCAGGUGGACACCAGCCCGGGGGGCGGAGUUGGGGGGGGGCAGAUACCUCCUCCAAUCAAAGUGAAGCCUGAGGCCACAUCCACGUGCCACACCUACAUGUUCCCCAAACCUCUGCUGGACUGCAGCAACAAAGAUUUGAAUAACAUCCCGUCUGACCUGCCAGCUGACCUAGUGAAGAUGGAUCUGUCCAGAAACACCAUCAAACAUCUCAGGCCCAAACAGUUCCUGCUGUCCAAAGACCUCAAGCUUCUCAACCUUAGCAGCAACAGCCUGCACCGUAUAGACACAGCUGCAUUCGCAGGCCUGCUGUACCUCCGUGAGCUUGACCUGUCCAACAACAGCCUCCAUUACUUCCAGUACGGUGUACUGGAGGACCUCUACUUCCUACGGAAGCUCUCGCUGGAGAACAACCCCUGGAUCUGCGACUACAACAUUCACUACCUGAUCUACUGGCUCAAGCACCACCCCGGAGUCUUCUACACUGGCCUGAUCUGCUCCGAGCCACGGGAGUUCAGGGGCUGGCGUGUCGAGGAAUAUGUCAAGACCUACAACGGGGAAUGUCCCAAGGAUAGACAAAUUGGAGGGGUGGAUACAGGACAGGGAGGACCAGGGGGGACGGACAAUGAGGCAGUGGGGGAGACGGUUGAGGGGCAGGAUGAGCCUCAACACCUGAAAGAGAAUAAGCCCAAAAAGUUUGAGAUCAUCAGGCUGAGGUAGAAUGGCGGUGGAUCAGUGAACCGGUGUGGUUUAGUAUGGAGGUCAAAGUGUUGAGUGUUGGAUUAAAAUACAGGUCUGUAGAGAGGCUGAAGAAUGGAUAAUUAAAGGUAGACUCCGUGAUUUGAUGUUUAAAAGUACAAUUUGGGGAUUAAAUCCUAACCUACCCUAAGUCCUUGUUAAUAAUCAACAUUUUCCAUUUUGUGUGGAUAACAGAAAGUUUUUGGACAAUUUGGGACAUUUUCUUAAAAAAUUAUAAGUUGCAAUGUCAUAUUGCUAAAUUUACCUUUAAACAAAAGUUUAGUUUUGUUGUAUCUUUUCGCAGAACAAUCCCAACACAGUCUGUAUCAGAUCUAAUAACCCCAACAAAGAUCUCUCUUUGAAUUUCCCACACAAAGAACUGUAGGUGCUCUCUUUCUUUCUGUUUCUGUCAUUUUAAUAUUGAGUUCAGGAUAUACUUUUUUUUCUCUCUCUCUAAAAAGUAGUUUUUGGUCUUUUUUUGUAUUCAUUUGUAUUGUACCACAUUGUCAACCUGUUUUCUGGAAAUAAAAUUAGGUUUAUUUUUUCUGAAAAUUGUUUGACAGAUAUGAUGGAAGGCAAAAUUGUAGGUCGACACACUGAACUUGUUGACCCAUACUGCCACUGGUUAACAAGCAAAUAUGACGAAAAGCAGAUGUAUAAAUGCGUUACACAGUAAAUCACUGUUGUGUAUGUUUCCAGAUAUACCAACUGCAUCAUGACUGAUUAUUAUAUCUAAACGUGCCAGAUUGUAAAAAUGGCCUAAUAUUAGACGUUAACAGUGACAAUGAUGGUGGAAUUUUGUUUUGGAAAUCAACAAUUUACUCCUGAAACUGCUCACAAGUCACACAAAAGAUGCACAUGCACCCAGGAAAGGAAUUUGGAAGCCAAAGUCAAAAAAACAAGGCUACACUUGGAUUGUUCCAACAGUUGUUCCACUUAAAACUAAAUCAAUAAACAUUAAGGCAGAUUAACUGUAUCAAUUUCAGAAAUGAACAAUCAGCUACACGUCUUCCGGAUUGGUGUUUAAAUAAGGCAAACUUGGCAUUAGACACAAAUACAGAUUGUGUCCUGUAAGUCUUUGUCAGCUCAGUUACUUAAGCUUCACUGUUGUGUUGGCAGGAAUAAUUUUGGUAAAGUUCAGCAUUAAAGGUAAUUUUAAAAGUGAUUUCCUGUUUACCAGCUUGCAUGUAAAUGUGGUUAAUUGUUUCUGAGUGCAGUCACACAUGUUUUCAAUCACCACAGUAUUUAUUGUCUAAAAGCAAUGAGCAACCAACCUGCAGCUAUAGAUCAUGUGUAACCGCACAGUGCCAUCUAGUGUUCACAAUUCAGUGGACCACAGGAUGAUUUAAGGAAGACCUUCACAGCCUCUUAUAUACAUUUAUGACAAUGUAAGCUAUAAUUAUGUAGUCAAACAAAUAUUGAUAAUUCACAGUCUUUUGGCUGUUUUCAUCCGGAGCGCAGCAGCAGAGGAUCAUAGCUCGUCACAGCGGCACCACAAGAGGUACCUUGGGUGAAAUACUCAGAGUCUUAUGCGCUAUGAUGUUAUAGUCCUUCCCAGUUUUUCAAAAGUUUGGAGUGAGGCAUGAAGACAGCAUUCUGACAGCAUUCUGACUAAAUACAACACAAAGAAUCUUCAGGAUAACGUUGGUGAGGCCAGCAGGUGUGGAGGAUGCUUGGAAUAGUUACAUUUUGUUGAUAACUUGAUUUAUUUUGGCAGUGCAAAACAAAAAAACCCUAAAAAUGGCUUAUUGUAACUUUAUCCAUCUGUCUCUUAUUACGCUAUUCUGAAACAAACCCUGUCCUUGUCCUUUUAGCACCAGCUGAACAAUUACCUCUUGAGAGGUAAGCUAUAAAAAAAGUACUUUCCAAAAAUGGCCGUAACUUCCUCAAUGCAAAGGUUGUUGAGGCCAGCUUUAUUCCACAUCUUCUUUCAUCCUUCUUCUCCAACAUUCAUGAUGGACAUGUCCUUCACCCUCUUCCGCUUCCCUGUCCUAUCCACGUUUGAAUCAGCAACAUGUCUUCUUCUCUGGUGGGGUGUAAGCAGCCACCAUGGCAUUAACAGGCCGAGAGUUGGACCGGAGGAUUACUCGAGGUGUGUCGUUGCUCUCCGAGUCCUCCUGCUGGACAUUGAGUCCAUUACGAGACAGCAGCUCUCUGGCCAUCAUGGUGAAGGCUUCUUCCACAUUCUGACUCUCCUGGACACAGAGGAGGAGAUAGAGAACUUAAAAUAACAAUUUCAACCAACUCCUUUGUUUGUUUUUUACAUGCGUGAGUGCACUCAUUACCUUUGCAGAUGUUUCUAGAGCAGCCAGUAUGUCUCUCUCCUUUGACAGAUUGCAGGCUUCCUCAAACUUAACCUGACGUUCCUGCUCCAGGUCACAUUUGUUACCUGCAUGGAGACAAUCAGGAAGAAGAGAGACGCAAACACAAUACCUUAAUAUUACCUUAAUCACCCAACAGGUGUCUAUAUCACCAAAGCAAAUGCACCUUAUUUGUAUGCUAAGGAUAACAUUUCAACACACUUAAGUGGGGGAGACCAGGAAUGGUUGUAACACUUUUUGUCUCA